AUGUCGCUGGGAAGCAUCAAGGCAGCCGUUGUCAACGGCAUAAGCGAAGCGACUGCAUGCCUGGUCAAUUUCAAUCUAGACUUCUCCCUGAUCAAAAUCGAAGCGCCUGAAGAAUUCUCACCAGUAGGGGCUGCGCUUUCCUCCCUCCGGCGCGAGUCCGCCGAGAGUGGACUUGUACAUACCACAGCGCGGAAACUGGGCGCGCUAUUCGAUCCUCUGCUCCCAGAUACCCCACAGUUAAUCAAGGCCUAUGGCUCUCGAGCGUCGGAAAUCGUCACCAAGUCAGAAGCAGGAAAUAAACACACCAAUUACGGAGUCUUCGAGAGCCAAGUGGGUGUCGAUGCAACAAGCAUCUGGGCUUCCGCAACCUCGGGAGCGGGUGCUAUCAAAGUCCACCUUUUGGCCUGCAUCCUCGCGCGCAUGUGGGAGCCCGGCGAGGCCACUGCGAUCUGGGACGAGAUUGUGAAUGUGCAAAAGCAAGACGUGAUGAACAGGUAUAAUGAAGGGGGCAGGGUGGAUAUGGUGUCUUGGGUCGUGGCCAAGCAACAGAUCAGCCGGAAGGAGCUGCGUGACUGGGACGCCAGCGCGCGGGCGUGGCUCUGUGCCGCCGAUAAAAUCAAGGCAGCUCAGCAGAAUCAAUUUCUGUUGGCCAUUGACAGAUUUGAUCUGAGAGUGGCUAGCCGCUCCCGCGCGUACGACAGCGUCAUCGAGGUGUGGAAGGAAACCCUGGUGGGGGUGGAAUUGCUGGUCAAUGGCUCGUCCCAGGAACUCCGCAGUGUGAAUCUGCUGCUGGGACUGUCUGCCUUGCAUCUCUACCCGGACCUGAAUGUCCUCACCAAGAGAGACCCACUGGUCCGACAGAACGAUGACCUGGUCCCUGGGAUUUUGACUAUCGGGCUCUCCAGAAACAGUACCAACGGCGACGCAGGCAUCCGAUGGUCCCUGCCCCUUGCGCAUCUACGGUAUUACGGUGACCCUGUCUACCGGACACGGCUCGCGCGUGUUGAGGGAUCCAGGCUAACGCUCGCCCAAUUUCGUCAGUUCAUCCUGGGCUGCGUUAUCGGCGGUUGGAACGUUGAUGCACGUCAAACGCAGGUCGCGUUGCAGUGGAUUAUUGAUCUAGAUCAGCAGCUCAAUGCAGCCAUUAUGGAGCACUUUAAAAAGAUUUCCCUGAUUGACUUGCACAAGUCCUGGCUUUCUAUUCUGGCGGAAGCCGCUCAAGACUACCUGUAUUCGGAUGACCUGGAUCGCAAGGUCUACGCGAGGUUGCUCAAUCUCGGCAGGCGCAAGGCCGGGCUUCUGGGAAAGCCGGAUCGGCCAUUCUUCGCACUCGGGGAACCGGAUAUCUUCGUGGAACUGCCUACACACGUCGAGGAAAGAAUCCUAUGUCUGCGGAAUAUCGCUCAAACCACCCCCUUUGAAGCCGGGGAUCUACUCAUCAGGUAUCGCCCCGCGCCGGCAGCGGAUUAUGAGUAUACGACGGCAAUUCCACGUCCCAAACGACAGUUCCAAAACAUGGAGGCUGAUAUCGAGCCCUUGGGCCAUACCCGUUGGUUGAACAUCAAUCCUCAAAGCUGCGAUCAACGGCAAAUUAAAAGAGCGGCCCAUGGUCACUAUUACUACAGCCCCGACAACGGGGGAAGUCGAGCUUCUGGGAGAGAAAAAAUUCGCCCUCUCGACUGCGAAUUGAUCCGGACCUUCAGGGUGGCGGGAGAAACGACAAUCCACUGGGACACACCCGGGGCUGCAGGUCGCUUAAACACCUUCAAAUACUGGAUUGGGGACGAAGACGAAGUAGCUCUGUUCUGUGCGCAGGACACCAUCUCUCCGCCUCAACUGAGGUCUGUCCCGUUGUCUGAGUUGACUCGGUUCUUCGAAACGGCGAAACCAAUGGCUUUAGACUUGCUCUUCGCCUUUGAUAAAGCUCUGCAGCGGAUGGGAGACUCGUAUCUCGCCUCACUUCGAGCGGUAGCCAGCAUGAUGGAUCUUUACAAGAUGCUUCCAGGAGCAACAAUUGACAUUAAAGUGAUUGACAGUCACCUUCCGUCUACAAGGUGGGUGGAGUCUCUGACUCUGGCGGAGUCCGGAAGACCUCAUCAGAGCAAACCCAAUAUCAUCGAAUUCGAGCCAGAAUCUUCGGAGCCAGAGACAGAGACAGAGACAGAAAGGGAGCCCGCAAAGGAAGGAUUGGCAGCCAACAGGUUCUAUUCUGCGAUCCGCAGAUCAAACGAUCAAUAUCACAGCCAGCAUUCGCAAGCCGAUCCAUCAGACAUCCCGGAGCAGGCAAGUGAUCUUUUUGAGGCUCAGAUGGAUAUGAUCAAUCUUGCAAAUAACGCCCCUGGCAUAAUGGAGGACGAGUUCGAUCCGACAGACGAUCUUUCACGGGACAAGCCUAAGCGCACCAUCCACGCUUCUCAGUUUAGUCUUCAUUUCGGGAGGCUUCUAGCCCCGUUCACAAUGACCCGCAGUGAGGCAUUCGCAUGCAUUAUUUUGCUCGAGUCUGGGAGAUACGACGUUCCGCCACAGAAUCUGACGGCAGUUAUGGCCAUUUCAAGCAAUGAUUCCCUUUUCAUUGCUGCGCCCAUGCUCUGUAGCCCCGCCGAUUCCCCCCCCGCUCAUGAGAUCCACCAUGUCACCGGAAACAUCGGGCAAGGGGGAAUGGCCUUACUGAUACCACCGGCUGAGCCUCGCGUCCGAAAAAGCACUAAUGAAAGCUGGCAUGUGUGCAAUCAUGAUCCAUGGGACGGGAAGUAUACGGACCACUUCGGCGGGACUUCCUUGCACCUCUCCUACACCGGCUACCACAUCCCUCUGGAUGUGGGUACACGCGGAGAACAGGAUUGGGAGAUAUAUUUGUUGGAGUCGGUCGUCAGUGUGCAUGAACAGGGCGAGUGGGUCGCUGAUCUUGACAUCCUCAAGGCUCUUCAAAGUCCGCUCCUGCUGAGAAUUCCUCCAGGGCAGGAGCAGGUGUCUCCAGAGGACGAGAAGAAGGGCGUCUGCAGCAGCCACACAUCUCUCCUAGGGCAAGAGCCUGUAAGUCGUGUCGGGCCUAUUGAGCUGGUUGCUAUUCAGAAUUGGGCCGAAUAUCUCCUGCGCCCCGAUCUGCCGUCCAUUGUGGUGGCAAGUUCCAAUUGGCAGGCGCAGCUCGCAGCGGCCGCCAUUACCAUCGCUCAAGGUAACGCAGCUUACAUUGUCAAUCAAGAUGCCUGUUGUUAUUGCGUCUGUGAAGCCGUCCGAAAGGCGCAGAAACCAGGGUCCGUUGUAUGCAUUUCUUGA